CCGCUGGCGAAGGCGGGACUUCCGCCGGGAGCCGGAAGCGGGGCUGCGGGUCUCUCAUGCGAGCGGGGUGUUGCUGCUUCUGGAAUCAGAGACGUUUUGGGCCCCGAGUCCCGCCGCCGCCUCCUUCUCCACGGCCCCCCCUUCCCCGCUGCUGCUGCCGCCGCCUCCUCCCCCCCGGGCCCCGCUCUCCAUCCUCCUCCUCCUGGGAUCCGGCAGCAGCGAGGCCCUGGUGGUGGUGGCGGCGGCGGAGAGAGGCCCCGGCCCCUGCGGAGACCCCGGCAGGAGUGAGAGGCCCCGCAGACCCCGGCAGCGGCCCCGGCACCGACCUCAGCGGAGGCGCGAGCGGCGAGAGACCCGGGCGGCAGCGGCUGUUGGUGACAGCUUACCAAGGUGGCCAGUAAAGUUCUCUCUGAGGAGCCAAAAAGCAGACAGCUCAUGACUUCUGAUCAGGACACUAAAGUUGUGGCUGAACCGCAGGUGCAGCAAGUACAAGAAGUUAAAGACAGUUCUCAUCUAGAGUCAACCAAGGUUUCUGAGUUAAAUCCUAAUGCAAAGGUAUGGGGGAAUCAUAUGUUACAUUUGGAAGCUAGUGGUGCCACUGAUGGUAGCGUGAACAAAACCUGGGAAGAAAUACCUGACCAUCCUCCAGAUUCCUGCAAAGAAGGACUGGAUGCCAAUGGUGAUGGUGACAAAAAGCAGCAAAAUGCAGUGUUAACAGAACUGCAAGAGACAACGCUAACAGUUCCAGGGUCGGACCAAAGAGAUAUGAACCCUUUGGCUCUAGAUAAUUCAGAGUAUGAAUCGAUACAUGAAACCACCCAGACAGGAGGAAAUGACCAAUUGCAGCCAGAAGGUCAGGAAGACCUACGAGAAGUGCUUAAAAAAACACUGGAGUUCUGCUUAUCUAGAGAGAAUCUUGCCAGUGACAUGUACCUUAUAUCACAGAUGGACAGUGAUCAGUAUGUGCCAAUAAUGACAGUAGCAAACCUUGAUCAUGUCAAGAAACUCAGUACUGAUAUGGAUUUGAUUGUGGAAGUGCUGAGAUCAUUGCCUUUAGUCCAAGUGGAUGAGAAGGGAGAGAAAGUCAGGCCAAAUCAGAAUCGUUGCAUUGUGAUUUUACGUGAAGUACCUGAAUCUACACCCAUUGAAGAGGUUGAAGCACUCUUCAGGGGAGAUAAUUUGCCUAAAUUUAUCAACUGUGAGUUUGCCUAUAAUGACAAUUGGUUCAUUACAUUUGAGUCAGAAGCUGAUGCACAGCAGGCUUACAGAUACCUUAGAGAAGAAGUGAAAACUUUCCAAGGAAAACCAAUUAAGGCAAGGAUAAAAGCAAAGGCAAUAGCUAUAAAUACAUUUUUGCCAAAGAAUGGAUAUAGACCUCUGGACAUGAACCUCUACACACAACAGCGUUAUACAGCAUCCUUUUAUUUACCUCCAGUAUACAGUCCCCAACAACAGUUUCCUCUGUACAGCUUAAUUGCCCCACAGACCUGGUCUACUACACACAGCUAUCUUGAUCCAACAUUGGUAACGCCAUUUCCCAAUGCUGGAUUUAUCAAUGGGUUUACAUCACCAACCUUCAAACCCCCUGCUUCUCCAUUGACUUCACUCAGACAGUAUCCUCCCAGAAGCAGGAAUCCUAGCAAAUCACAUCUACGGCACACCAUACCCAGUGCAGAAAGGGGACCUGGGCUUCUAGAAAGUCCUACAAUAUUCAACUUUUCUGCUGAUCGUUUAAUUAAUGGUGUCAGGAGUCCACAGACAAGGCAGCCAGGGCAAAACAGGACACGGAUGCAAAAUACUACUACAAGUUAUACCAAGAGGGAUAUAGGAACUGGACGAAUGGAACAGACUAAUAUUGACUCUUCUCCUGGCUUAGGAAGAGGAAGGAAAAAUUCAUAUGGCUAUCGAAAGAAAAGGGAGGACAAGUUUACAAGAGGUCAAACGCAGUCUCCGCCACCUCCAAAGCCUCCAUCUCCUAGUUUUGAAUUGGGAUUAUCCAGCUUCCCUCCAUUACCUGGGGCUGCAGGCAAUUUGAAGACUGAAGACUUGUUUGAAAACAGACUGUCCAGUGUCAUAAUGGGAACGUCAAAGGAAAGAAACCUAAAUGUGGAUGCAAGUACAAACACUAUUCCAUCAGGAAUUCCUCGAGAGCCAUUGUUGCCAGCGUCUCCUGCUCUGUCUGGGACGUUUGAAAGGUCUCCUUCCCCAUCCCAGUCUCCUGAUGACUCCAAGGUUGUCGAUAAGCAGCAGAGAGAGACACAAAGUAUGGAAAGACUUUCUUCCACGCUCAGUACUGCAUGUAAAUCAGUACAAGUCAAUGGGGCUGCCAUAGAACUACGAAAACCUAGUUAUGCAGAGAUUUGCCAGAGAACAACUAAGGAUCCACCUACAUUGCAACCCCAGAAAGAACAGAAGCCAAACACUGUAGCUUGUGGGAAAGAUGAAAGAAAACCCACAGAAACAAUAGAGAAAAACAGAGAACCCCCUCCCACAAAGUCAAAUCCAGGACAGCCCAAAGACCAGAGGAGACAGUCAGGGCGCAGAUCGCCCCCUCCAGCCAUUGGGAAACGUUUAAAUAAAGAACAGAACACCCCCCCAAAAUCUCCUCAGUGAAACUAAUGCUUGGGAGGGGGUUGAAAAGAGUUCUACUUCCCACAAAUUAAAACCCAUGUUCCCAUUCAGAGUACAGAGAAUGAGUUGCUGGUUAGGGAGCUUGCAGUGCUGCUAGGCAUAUAGAAUGCCUGCAAGCUUUUUCUUCUAUGAAAUAAUUUUUUUACCCUCUUGAGCAAACAUUCUAUUUUUCCAGGAUUUAAUUGAUCUAAACCUUAUGUUUAGGUUGGUGCUUAACUGGAGGUGAUGCAAGUCUGAUUAUUUUCAAGAUAGAAAAUGUGUUAUCUUAAAAAAAUCAAUUUUUUUAUCAAGCCUCCUUGUGGCAAUGUGAAUACAAGCUCAAUAUAGUGAGUAUUCCUGAACUAUUAAGCAGAACUGUGCUGCUGCAAUUUUUUUAAUAAACUGGUCUGCAAGUAACUAUAUCUCUAAAAUGUCCAAAAGACUGAUAAUGGCAGCUAGCGUAGAGCAUGAAAAAAAGUGUAUCGUACAAAAUAGUAUGAAUAUGACCUUGAGGAUUUUUUUUAUUGGGCUGCUGUUCCAAGUAUCAGUUAAUAAACUUGCACUUUUAGGUUAAACUAAUAGUUAACUAUAGCAUUUUUUAAAAACUAAUCUUUUUUGAUGUCUUCUACAAAAAAAGUAAGUCCUCCAGAGAGCACCAGUAGAGAUUUUUCUAAAAUAUUUGUGUUUGGAUGUACUGCAAGCAAGUAACCAGCUUCUCACUCCAGAAUAAAAUGAAUACUAUAAUUUCCAAAUACAAAGCACAUUGUGAAUAGAAAAAAAAUGAGGUUGUGAGCUUAUAUAGUGGUGAAGCCUGCUAAUGGCUGUUAUCACAAGAAAGCACAGUAGUGUUCUUGUGAUGAUCUAAACUUCCCCCUCACCAGGAUGGAGUUAACUAGUCAUUACUGUACUUUCUAGUUUAUCCCUGUGCUUAGUGUAGACUUUUUUUUUUAACUUGGCCCCAAGUGCUCUUUGAAAGAGUUCAUAUCUUAGUCAGCCUAGUGUUGACGUCUUCCUGUAACUACAAGCAUUGGCAUGUGGAUUUAAAAUUUUCAAACCUUGAGAUAAUGGUAUGUGUUUUUUGUGGUGGAGGAAGAGAUCCCUGCUAUUUACCUCUGGGAUGAGGUUUCUCACACUUAUAUUUACUUUAGAAGUGAUGCGCUUUCUGAAGGACAAGGAUGCACUAAAUUAGCAAGCUUCUAAUAAAGUUGAAUAUAAAUUAUUUUUGUUUUAAAAUGGCUAAACAUUUUCUUUAAGUGUUUAAAUAGCAGGCAGGUCAGAUAAACCUCUUUCCUGCUGAAUAUAACAGUACAGUUUAUUCCACAAAAAUGUUUGUUUAAACAACUGAUUUUUUUAAAGAAUUAUUUCCAUCCAAUAUUUAAAGACUUGAAUUUUAUUUAAACUUGAAAAUGACUUUGCCUUAACUUUUGUAUAAGACAGCUUAGAGUUAAUGAAGUCUGACCCCCUUAAGGGUUAGCAUGAGUUAAUUACAGAAUUACUCAGUUACAGUAUGUAUCUAUUGUCACUGGUCUUACUGGGUAAACAUACUGUAGUACAGGAACUAGCAGCAGUUUUUGUAAUAUACCUUAAAGAUCUUAAACAGUUGAUCUUUUUCAGAUUGUUGAAAAAUCUGUAAAUGCAAAUAGUCAAUACUGUAUUAAAUAUGUGCACUUGGAAGUGUGUGCUUUGCUUGUACAGUUGUAAAUAAUCAGAACAUAUAAAAAGGUACCCUAAAGAAAAAAAACUGAUAAAAAUUAUUGAUAUAUUAUAAAUGUUGCUGUUGAGCUGGAUGUAGAUAAACUAAAUGUUGUGGUUUGAAUAUUACUUUAAUUUGUUGUUUUGUUUCUUUUAUUUUAUUCUGGUGUGCUGAACUGACUCUGCCUCUUCACUGCAAAAGGGAAAUGGAAAGAAGGUCUUAUUUCAAAGCCCUCAAAUGUUUUCAUAAUAGUCUCUCUAAAAGUGUGCAUUUCAACCAAUAGGUGUUCCCUAACACAAUGUAAAUAGUCAACUCUGGCACUCUAGCUGUUCAACUGAAACUUUAAAAAUCCCAGUAAUAAAAUCAAAUUCAUUGGGAUAAUAGUUCAAAUCGCCAGGAAAAAACACCCUGAAGCUCAUUUGACCGCCUCUUCCAGGGAGAGUAUCCAUGCUUACCUAGACGGAUAAUAAGCUCGAAUAUGGCUGUGUAUUUAAAAAAAAAAAA